CAACAACGCAACAACUUCCAUUGCGGCGAACUGCGGCGAACAACUUGACAAGCGUCAGAAGAAGACACGUUGGUUAGAUUGAGGUUAGAUAGAGGUUAGAUCGGGUCAGGUUCCAGUCAGCCAGUACAACGUGAUACGAUGUACGACGAUUACAACAGGUAUGACGCUCACGACAGUUAUGGAUCACCGGACGUAUAUGGUGACCAGUACGAAAGCCCACAUUACCGUGUGGUGCCAGAAGUCGUACGAGACUUUGUAGUAUAUUUACGAACGUGUAUAAACGAGGGGCUGAUCUUCGAGGUGCAAAAUCUGUACGAGACGUCGUUUCCAAAAAUUUCGGAACAGUUCUUCGAGAAAUCAUCUUGGCCGGACGCGACAGCGAUCAAGCCAUUCGUCGACAACGAUUCACUGUUUCUCUGUUUAUACAAAGAGCUUUACUAUCGACACAUUUACGCUCGCACGUCCAGUCACGGGCCCACGUUGCAGCAUCGUCUUGAUUCUUUUUCUAAUUACUGCGAACUGUUUAACCACCUUCUGCGGUCGGAAACGCCGGUACAGUUAGAAUUACCCGAUCAAUGGUUGUGGGAGCUCAUCGACGAGUACGUUUAUCAAUUUCAAUCGUUUCAAUAUUAUCGUGCGAAUUUGUCGAAUAAAACGGCCGAUGAACUCGACACGUUGAACGACCACAAUAAAGCAUGGGAUGUGAUGUUCAUUCUGAACGUUCUGCAUUACUUGGUAGAUAAAUCCAAGAUCAAAAGUCAAUUGGAGGUGUAUGCGAGCGGCGGAGAUCCGGAUUCUGUCGCCGGGGUGUUCGGGAGACAUUCUUUGUACAAAAUGCUCGGUUAUUUCUCUCUCGUCGGUCUUUUGCGUUUACACUCUCUUUCGGGAGACUACUAUCAGGCCAUAAAGGUGCUGGAGAACGUGGAACUUUAUAAGAAGAGCGCGUACUCUCACGUUCCCGGUUGCCAAAUAUCGACGGCGUAUUACGUUGGCUUCGCGUACAUGAUGAUGCGUAGAUACGCGGAUGCGAUCAGAACGUUCUCCGGCAUUUUAUUGUACAUUCAACGGACGAAGCAAUUGUUCGCGACGAAAAAUUAUCAAAAUGAUCAAAUCAACAAACAAACGGACCAAAUGUAUAACUUGCUAGCGAUCUGCCUCGUGCUACAUCCGCAAUGCAUAGACGAGGGAUUGCAGCAGACGUUGCGCGACAAGAAUUAUCACGAGAAAAUGUACAAGAUGCAGUACGGCGAUCUGGACGAAUUCGAAUCGAUCUUUGUGCAUUCUUGUCCCAAGUUCGUGUCCCUCACGCCGCCGAAUCCCGAGAAUCCGAACGAGGAUUAUGUCCGGGAAGCGGUCAAGCACCAGACUCAAGUCUUCAUGGACGAAGUCGUGCAGCAAAAGAUGUUGCCAACGAUUCGUUCCUAUUUGAAAUUGUACACGACUUUACCAUUGAGCAAACUAGCCACGUUCAUGAGUAGCAAUACCAGACCCGAGGAGAGUUGGGACUUGGACAAAGAAGUCAAUGCGCUCACUAUUCACUUGCUGUGUUUCAAACACAAAAUGAAGAACAUAGUUUGGACGAAAGGAGCAUCCGGAUUAGAUGGGAAAUUUCAGUCCGGAUCAGAGCUGGACUUUUACAUCGACCACGAUAUGAUUCACAUCGCUGACACGAAGGUCGCGCACCGUUACGGUGAUUUCUUCAUUCGAAAAAUUUUAAAGUUCGAGGAACUAAACCGCAAGCUGCAUCAUAUUAAAAUUUAAUUCAUUAAUGCGGUAUAAUACCGAAUAAACUGAUUGAUCAACAGUAA